UGUCAUUCCAACCUGUUUGUGGAAGUGCACGCGUCCAUACUGGAGCGCUGUGGGAAUCUGCUGGGACAAUACACAGAAAAACACCUAAACUCAGUUACCAUGCCCAACUGGGGUGGAGGAAACAAAUGCGGUGCGUGUCAUGGAACGGUGUACCACGCUGAAGAGGUUCAAUGUGAUGGAAGGAGUUUUCACAAGUGCUGCUUUCUCUGUAUGGUCUGUAGGAAAGGGUUAGACAGCACCACACUGGCCAUCCAUGACCAGGAAAUCUACUGCAAGUCCUGCUACGGUAAGAAGUACGGUCCAAAAGGAUACGGGUACGGCCAAGGGGCAGGAACGCUCAAUAUGGACCGUGGCGAGAGAUUGGGCAUCAAACCAGAAGAAACCCAAACUCACAGACCCACCACCAAUCCAAACCCGUCCAAGUUUGCACAGAAGUUUGGUGGCUCGGAGAAGUGUGCACGCUGUGGAGAGUCAGUUUAUGCCGCAGAGAAAGUAAUGAGCGCGGGGAAGCCGUGGCAUAAGAACUGUUUUCGCUGUGCCAAAUGUGGGAAGAGUUUGGAGUCGACCACUCAAACAGAGAAAGAGGGAGAAAUCUACUGCAAAGCAUGUUAUGCGAAGAACUUUGGACCCAAAGGAUUUGGCUAUGGUCAGGGUGCAGGGGCUCUGGUGCACAUUCAAUGAUAUUUGUGACCAUGUACAUUUCUUUUACUAUAAUCAAAACCUUUUUACUAAUUCCAAAAGCUUUUUAGGGUGAAUCUUAAAAUGUGGGCCAUAUUUCUUCCCAGAAUCAAAAGAAAGAAAUAUAUUUAGUUUAAUGCCUAUUUUUAGGACCAUUAAGAUUUGUUACCUUGUAUCUGACAUUUUCAGCACCAAUUCUCAUUGUUAUAUAUAUAUAUAUAUAUUUUUUUUAAUUCGCAUUAAAGUAUUUUAUAUUGUAGUACGGUUUUUACUACCGUUAUAUGAUUACAAUGAUAGCGAGAAUGUAAAAAUAAUAAUAAUAAUAAUGUCACGGUCCUAAAAAUAAGCUUUAUUUUCUUAAUGCAAUUUUUGGUUUUGGGAGGGAAAUUAGACCUGGAUAUCACAGAUUUCAUGAGAUUCACCAUUUAAAGUGUUGGUUAAAUGAUUCAAGAGUAGUACAUUUUAUGAGCAUAUGUUUGUGAAAGAAAUAAACACAAUAAAGUACUCAUUUGUUAAGGGUCUUGCUUAAAAGUUACAUUUUAGCAGUUAUUCAAGUUGUUAUUAAAAGACAAACCAUGUUUCAUUGCACAGAGUAUGGCUGUUAUACUGAAAACUAACACACAGGACUUUCACCUUUCAAUGUUUUAUUAAUAAAGCCAUUAAAAUUGAACCAUGCCCAAUAAGUUAACAUCUGAAGCAGAGUACGGUGACGUCCUGAUUUCCGCUGAGGCACUGGAGAUGAGCAUGUGCUUUUACAGGGUGGGAAAACAGCCAAACCUUAAAGGCGUAGGAACAACAGAGUGAUUAUAUUCUAAAAACAGUGUCACAUGUAUUUUCAUCCUAAUAAAUGACUGUUACUGUGAUUAUUACAGUAUGGGCCCAUCGAUUGCAUCCACUUCAGACAAUGUCAUCACGAUGCACUCUCUUCAAUUACAGCAUGACAGUUCUGCAUUUCUUAUGUCUCCUCUGGCAUUUGUUUUAAAAUUUGUACAUCCAGUGAUACAACAAACCCAGCAAUGAAACAUAAAAAGAAACCCUUUAGAUCUGAAUAUGAAUUAACAAGAAUGGAACAUUCAGAUAUAAUACAUCUGCAAAAAACUGAUUGAUCAAUAGCGAGCGCCCACAGACCAUGAGGGACACGCAAUAACGAUACACACAUAAGGUCUAAUUCACAAAACACAUGCAGAAUGGAUGUGUAAAUAGUUCGUAAAACUGUUCGUACUUAAAUUGCCGCAUUGAAUUGAACGCUGUCACGCGAGUGCAAUUUUAUGAACAUUCUUGCAUAAAUUAUCGCAUUCAAUGCAAAGCGACAAUUUAUGUAAGAAUGGAUUCGCGAACGUUCUUGUGUAAAUUAUCGUGAAAAUUGUCGCAGGGUUGAAUGCGAUAAAUUACGCAAGAACAUUGUUAAAACUUCUUACAUAAAUUGUCGCACUGAACUGAAUGCGUUAAUUUUAGGGCUGGGAAAUUUAACGCAUUACUUUCUGCGAUAUAGCAGUUGACUGUUUAACAUUUAAAAAUAGUAAUUGUACAAACGUUCUUGCAUAAAUUAUCACAAUGAAUUCAAAGCAACAAUUUAUGUAAGCUGUUUCACGAACGUUCUUGUGUAAUUUAUUGCAUCGAAUUUAAUGCGGAAAUUUUCACGAGAACGUUAGUAAAAUCUUUCUUAAAUUCUCGCAUUAUGCAAAACUGUUUAUUAAACGUAUGUAAAUUGUUGUAUCGAAUUGAAUGCAAUCAUUUUAUGGCCAAGAAAUUGAAUAGUUGACUGUUUAAAAACAUUUUUACGCAAUGUUUUUUUUCACUUCACUGUUUUUCCCCACUUCCUGUAGCUAAAAUCGCCAUCUAUAAAUUUCCAGAAGGUACACGCUCGACUCGCCAGCACAUCCUAACACAGAAAUGUAUUGUGUGGAGCAGUGCACGCUUAUUCAUUGGGCUCAAUGCAUGCCAUGGGCAUAAUAAACACAGGAGCGGAUUUACUAUUCGGAGAGUGGAGGCUUCAAACGCAAGCGUGAGCCAGGUGUGGGAGAGAUACGGGUAAGCUGCUUUAACUCUUUGCAUUGCCUGAAAACGCUCCCUGUCAUCUGAACCAGUGUCAGAAGCGAAACCAUGCGAUAGAGAAUUGAAUCUGCCCAUUUGACCCUUAUUAUUAAAAAAAAAAAAAAAAAGUCCACUGGAAAACAGGCAAAAUUUUGCCCAACUUUUUAUUACAGCAUGCCCACUGCUUUUAUGGCAUGUAAACAUAUAUAAUUGUAUCACAUUUAUACCUGUAUAAAUGUGUCUAAUCAACUAUUUGCAAAAACUGACAUUAACAUUUUAUACAUUUAAAUAAUUAAAAUAAAUGAUGACUAACCAAUUUCUUGCAAAUUCUUUGAGACAAAGUAUAAAGUAAAUAUAUUAUAUAAUGUACCAUGAUUAAUCACAAAAUUGUAUGAUUAAUUAGUUUAAAAAAUGUAAUCGCAUCACAGCCCUAGUUAAUUUAUGCACGAACGUUCUUAAUACCAUUCUUAUGUAAAUUGUUGCAUUGAAUUAAAUGAGAAUUUACACAAGCAAUUUUAUGAAUGUUAUUGCAUAAAUUAUCACACUGAAUUCAAAGCAACUAUUUAUGUUCGAAUGUGUGUAAAUUAUAGCGAAAACUGUCGCAUCGAAUUUAAUGCGAUUAUUUUCGCGAGAACAUUCUUAAAACCGUUCUUAAAUUGUCACAAUGAGCAAUGACAUUUAUUAGGCAAGAAUUUUUAUAAAACUGUUUAAUUAUUGCAUCAAAUUGAAUGAGAAUUUACGCAAGAAUGGUCAUAAAACCGUUCUUACGUAAAUUGUCGCACUGAAUGCGUUAAUUUCUGCGAUAAUAGUUGACUAACACAUUAAUGCUGUAUCCAUUUUUUUCACUUCCUAAAACUUUUCCCACUUCCUGUGGCUAAAAUUGGCUUAUGUAAAUUUCCAGAAGGUACACGCUUGACUUGACUGCACAUCCUAGCACGGAAACUGAUUGUGUGGAGCAGUGCACGGUUAUUACGUGCGGCGCAUGUCCCGUGCAUAAUAAACACGGGCAGAUUUACUGUAUGGAAAAUGGAGACUUCACCCGCAAGUGGUGAGCCAGGUGUUGGAAAGGUGUGUCAUAUUGAAUUGAAUGUGAUAAUUGAUACGAGAGCAUUUAUGAAACAUACAAUUCAAUGCAGCAAUUUAUGCAAAAAAAUGGUUUUAUGAAUUAUUUGCACAUUAAUUCUGCUUGCAUUUUGUGAAUUCGGUUUAAAAUGUAAAAAGAAAAAAAAGAAAAAGAAAUUCUUGCAAAUACUGAACAUUCAUAUUUACAGAUUCAUGGCUCGUGGGGCGGUUUGUCGGAUGGGAGGGGUGGUCACUAUGGUAACGGCCCCAUGUCCAGGCUUUACACAUGCAGUGAAGACUUGCAGGGUAAAAGGUCUAUUAUACA